GGCGCGGCUCCGGUUCCCGGCGGCCCUCGCGGCAGGUUCCGGGCGUCAGGACAAUUCGUGAUGGCGGGGGCUGGUUCCGCCGCUGUAUCGGGGGCAGGGACCCCGGUGGCGGGGCCCACAGGCCGCGACCUUUUCGCCGAAGGGCUGCUGGAGUUCCUGCGACCCGCUGUGCAGCAGCUCGACUCUCACGUACACGCCGUCAGAGAGAGCCAGGUAGAGCUCCGGGAACAAAUUGACAACCUAGCCACAGAACUGUGCCGCAUAAAUGAGGAUCAGAAGGUGGCCCUGGAUCUUGACCCCUAUGUUAAGAAGCUACUUAAUGCCCGGCGACGCGUUGUCUUGGUUAACAACAUUCUACAGAAUGCUCAGGAACGACUGAGACGGCUAAACCACAGUGUUGCCAAGGAAACAGCCCGCAGGAGAGCAAUGCUGGAUUCGGGAAUUUACCCCCCUGGCUCCCCAGGCAAAUAACAGAUGAGCCUAUGGACUCAGUAGCACAAGUACUGUUCCCCAGCUGCCUUGUUUCAACAGACAUGCAAAGAUCCUAGGAGACAGUCCCCAUAGACCUUCAGACGUUAAAAAGGGAGCCGUACGGUUUGUUUGAAGCACUUCGUCUUACCCAUUUAUGUAGGGGCCCCAGGAAACCUACACACAGCCAGAAUGAGGUUCCCAAAGGACUUACCUUAAUUAUGGCUCUUGCUUCCUUUCACAAAUGAGCUGAGGCCUCUUUGUUUUUUUAAGCUGCAUACUUGAGGCUUACCUUCUUCAGGACUAGUUAACCAGAGGGGCUUCCUUUGUAUGUUACAUGCCUGGUUACAUGGGCCUGGACAGCAUGUCCUCUACCUGUGACUUCUCAUUUUCCUGUUUACACUGGGGAUUUGGAGGGGGCAGGCAAAGUCAAAGUGAAUGACCUGUCCACCCACUUUUUUAUUGCACUGGCUUGAAUACAGUAGCAGUGUUGAUAGAAUCAUUUUAUUCAAUAAAUACUUAAAAUGAUAUUCUAGUUUACUCUGGUAUAUGGAAAGGUUCCAGGAGUUUGUCCUUUAAUUCAAAGACAGCUUCAAAUUGUGAUCUGAGUAUUUAUAAUUAAAUGACUCAAGUAUCAUUUUCAACGAAAGAGUACACAAAGCAAAAAGCAAAAAAGGUUGCCACAUGCAAAAAAAAAAAACAAACAAAAAACACCAACCAGAAAGACCAAGAGCCCUACUAGGAAGUACUUUAAUAGUUUUUCUUAGAAAAAAAAAUUUCCAGACACUUAACAUUUCACAACAUUUCAACAGCAAAGUAUUAGUUGAGAGAGGGGUUUUCAGGAGUUGGAGAUUAUAGAAUAUUAGGAAGAAAUGUUGGUAUCCUCCAUUAUAGAUGGAUGGCAUAGGUCACAAAUGGGAGACUGGCAGCUAAGCCAAUACCAAAACCCAGUGGAAUGACACUUCUAUGGAGUUUACUUUUCUUCCUGCUAUCUUCCCUAUCCCACGGAAAUGUCUGUCACCAUGUAAAGCCCAGUAGCAGGCAGCUUAGGCUCCAGUCUUCCCCCUUGGGUAGGAAAAGGAGUGAAGGGAAUGUCACUCCUGAGUUUCCAUGCUUUCUUCUUCCUCUCCUUGAGGUGGUUCUUCUGUAUUCUCCUCUUCUUCCUCUCCUUCCUUCUUCUCUGGUGGCUUCUCAUAAGCCUUUUCUGAAGGUGUUACUAUCACUCCAUCCCAGGUAGAUAUUUCAGAAGCAAGAUCUAGGAAAGAGAAAAAGGUGAUUUAGACGAGUAGCCCAGCAUAAAAGUCAUUACUUACACUGUGGAAAUAUUAAAGACAUUUAAGUAGCGUACAGCUUCUCUGUACCAGAUUACAAUACAAAACCCCUGACCCACAGUGGUCACUCACAGCUGGCAUCACCCUCCUGGCCAAGGAUCUUCCUAAAGCCACCAUGUGAGAGGAUUCGGACGAGAGUCUGAGCUGUAUAGCAGACCAUGUCCUGAAGGAAAGCAAAGUGAGAGUAAGCAAGGAAAAUCAAAGGACCUUAUUUGAGUAAUACCCUUGUGAAAACAGAGAUUAAGACAGCUUUUUAAAUCUCAGGACCAAAGUCUUUCAGAAUCCCCAAAUUCCUGACCCGUAAAGACCAUAUUCCACUUUGCCUGCUGAGCAGCAGUAUUCAAAAGAGUGGGGCAAAACAACUCAGUUCAUAUCUGUCCCAAUACCUGCUGUUCUAGGGUCAUGACUGUGUGUACUCUGAAGUUGCCACUCUCACAGGGGUCAGUGAUACCCACUGAACCUGGCAGGAACAGUCCUGCAGCCAGAAUCUGCAAGCAGCGCCUAGAACACAGGGAGGUAUGAGGUAUUAAAGGAAUGCACAAAAUAGUUUACAACCAACCCUAAACCCAAAGCAUGCUGUACCUGUAUGCAACGUUGAGGGCCAAAGGCUGUCUGGUGGGGUUGUUCAUCACAGCAUAAUGGCCCUGAAAAAUAAUAAAUCCAGUAGGUGUGCCAUCAAAAUGGCACUUCUGAUAACUAGAACUUUAUUUUUUAGAGACAGGGCCUCACUUUGUCACCCAGACUGGAGUGCAGUGGCGCAAUCAUAGUUCACUGUAACCGCGAACUCCUGGGCUCAAGCAACCCUCCUGCCUCAGCCUCCUGAGAAGCUAGGACUGUAAGUUCAAGCCACUACAACUGGCUAAUUUUUUUUUUCUCUUGUAGAGACAGAGUCUCGCUAUUUUGCCCAGGCUGGUCUCAAACUCCUGGCUUCAAGUGAUCCUCUGGCCUCAGCCUCCCAAAGUGCUGGGAUUACAGGCAUCAAACUAAAACCUUAAAUGAUCACGAGGAAAACUCGUCAUUAAGGUCUAAGUCUAGCCAAAAUUUUCAUGUUCAGAAGCAAUUCUGAAAUGGCUGCUCACUCAUUUCUCUCUACUACCAUGAUUAAAUGGUAGCAGUCAUGAGAAGAAAACGGGACACUAUAACUCAGUAACUACUCAUUUCAUUGAAUAUACAAAAAAAAAAAACUUUGAAUUUUUUUUUUUUUAAACAAAUGUCUCUGAGUCAUGUAAAUGUUGAAUUUUUAUUGGAUUACUUGUCUACCAAUAAAAUUUCUUUUAAGCUUCACCAAA